UUAUCUUGUUUCGUUUGCAAAUAUCAUAUGUAUUCUCUUGAGAUAAAAAUAGUGCAAGAUGAUUAGUUAGGCAAGUUCAUUUGACACCAUUCCCCCUUCGUGACGCUGAAAUCUAAAAUCUGUAUAUGGUAUACAACUUAAAGUAUAUAUAUGCAAGUCAGCUUUGCUGGAGACACACAGCAAGUACCUUCCUCCCAACCGACUGCUUCCUUCUCCAGUCCAGAAGACCACAAAGUUCAACAAUGGCCAUCACUGACAUCCUCUCAGCCAAAGAUAUUGAAUCUGCUCUCUCCAGCUGCCAGGCUGAUGAUUCCUUCAACUACAAGUCUUUUUUCUCCAUGGUUGGUUUAUCCAGCAAAACUCCUGAUCAGAUAAAGACAGUUUUUGGAAUCCUUGAUCAGGACAAGAGUGGUUUCAUUGAAGAAGAGGAGCUGCAGCUGUUCCUGAAGAAUUUCUCUUCAAAUGCCAGAGCCCUCACCUCAGCAGAGACCAAGGCUUUUAUGGCUGCAGGAGACACUGAUGGUGAUGGCAAAAUUGGAGUGGAAGAAUUCCAGUCUCUGGUGAAGGCAUAGAGAACAUUAGACCAAAGGCAACCUUGGACUGACUCUGCCAAUUACCUCGUCCAGCAAGCACUUCGCACUCAGCAUGUGUUUGUACAUUUUUAUAUUGUUUCAGGCAUUAACAAUUCCCCUCACCUCAUUGUUGAGAAAUCUUGCAAUCUUUGGUCACAAGGCAUUGUUACAUUUCUGUUGUAAAGAAGGCACUUUGUGAUUUUCCACCACUGAUAAUGUUGAAAUUGUGACUGGGAGAGGGGAGAAAACAACUAAAAAAUCAACUAAACAAAAAGACCCUUGGGGAAAAAAGCUGCUUUUAAAAAUGUUGUUUAAGUACUCCAUCCUCAUACUUGAGCAUGCCAACUCACCAGACACAGUUUUGAUGAUCUUAAACCAUAUGAUAUCUUCUCAGGCUUAAUUGUACUGAUUUAAUUGAGGUUUAUGUCUGAUUAAUUCUCUGAUACUUAAGGAAAAGCAAUAUUGAAAAGAUAGCUAAAAAUAAUUCAUAUUAAGUUCCAACCCUGCGAAUAUGAGCAAAAAUUUAAAACAUUUAAGAGGAGUUCACACAAAGCUCAAAGCACAGAAUAAGUUUGUGGGUAAUUUUACAAAAUAAAGUAGUAGAUUACAGCGUAAUCGUAUCAUCGGAAAGUGUUUAUGGCCUAAAAUGUGACUCCCUUAAGAAGAUUUAUCUUCAUGAAAUCUAAGGCAGCUGUGAGAUAGAGGAGAAGGGUCUAAUCCUACUCUGACACUGUCACAAGUCAUGGUCCCCUGACAACCUGGGCCACAGGCCUGGAGGUUUUUCCAUGAAUCAUGAGCCUGUUUCCUAUUGUCUCUGAACAUGUACAAAACAAUAAUAUUUGCCACAUCUGUGAACUCCUGUGCUUUCUACAGAUGAAACUACAGCCAAUCUUCUUUUUGAUUACCCUAAAGCUCUUACGUUGUUAAAUAAUGGCAUUACUCCUUUCAUUUAUUAUAUGACUAAUUAUCUGUAUGUUCCAUAAUAUCAGCAGUUUUCUUCAGUCUGAAAACUAAGAACUAGUCUUCCCUUUGAUAAGUGUCUUACAGGAUUUAGAGUUGGUUACAGCAUUGUCUUCAUUAAUGGACAAAGUAAAUAAUGUUCAUGGCUAAAUGCAGGCGUCAGCAGGCUGAGUAGAUCUGUGCAUCUCUGGCUGAGUGUCUCAGAAAUUUCCCCACCCCAAUUUAGCUGCUUCCUUCCCCAUGCUGUCCCAUGCUGUGGCUCCAGCUCACAAGCAGACUGUCAUUUUAAUACUCUCCACUGAAACUGGAUGAUAAUUAAGAUUUGGCAGCUGUUUUGAAGAAGAGCAGAAACAAAGCCUUCUGGAACUUUUAUGUAACAGCCAAUGUUGGCAUUUCCAUGAAUUGCAAGAUGAUUAUGUGAGGCAAGCACAGCUCCCUCAUUCCCAGGCAUGUAAGAGAGCCGGUCCACAGAUUUAAGAUAGCUAAUGCAAAAAAGGAAUUCUAGCAAUCAGAUUCACUGAAGCCUUGGCAGAAUUCUAAUGAAUAUAAAUCCUAAUUCUAUACCCACUGCCUUUGAUGUUAAAUCUGGGCUUAUAUUAUAGCUGCUGUUAAUUGCAGCAGUGAAAUAUUUUGCAUAAUUAUGAGACUCUGGUUCCUUUUACCUUAAUUAUCUCCCUGAUGAAGAAAAAACCUGGGGCAACCCAGAUCUGCAGCAAUAUCCAGAUGUAAUACACACCUUAGCUCUUCACACUGCUGAUCACUGAACUAUCCUGUCACUAGCUCUCAAGCAGAUGGCACACACAGUACCAGAAGUGACAGACCUGACACUGCAUUCCUUACACCUCUGAGACUCUCAUGUGGAAUGCAAGAAAUGCAAGACUGCACAGUGGCCCAUCCUGUAUUUCAGAGAUGCUGAACAACUGCACAUCACUGCCUUGUGCUGCCACAGGGGGAUGAAGCACUCCCAAGAAUCAGGAAAUCCUCAUGUGUGCAGCAACUUCAGCUAUGCUUGUAAGAAAAUCUGUUCCUCUAAAAUAGUGACUUCUUAAAUAGUGGCAAGAAGAUGUGUUUUAAAUCUCACUAAAAUCAUCCAGCCAUUUCAUUUGAAGGAAUUGUAAUAAAACUCCAAGUCCCCAGUUAAAAAAAAAAAAUGUCCAUAGGCUUUAGCAAAAAUACCACCUACUCUCUUUUAAGAUUUCUGUUAGCAUUAGGAUCCACAUUUUAGAUCCACAUUUUAACCAAAUUGGAAAAGAAGUCUUUUUUUAACUAAAGGAGUCAAAUUCAAAAAAUGUGACAUUUUCUAGCAAGGGUAAUUUUAAGUCAGUGGCAGCUUUCAGAUUUUUAGGGAAUUUUUAGAUAUUUUAGGGAAUAUCAUGGAAUGUUCUCUGAACUUGACAAUGCCAUCAUGCUAGAGAAAAGCUUCAAUUGUAGCAUGUCUGUGUGAGAGCCAACUGAAGUACCAAAGAGACACAUGGUUGGUAUCACAAUGUUGCCAUAAUUAAGGUACAGAACCAGAGAGUAAUUCCUGAUGGAAAGGUUCACUUCAGGUCUCUGUUCCAGUCACUCACUCAGAAGGGCACAUUGUUCUACGAUGAGUUUGAGUAUCUUCAAGGAUAGAGGUUCUAUAAGCUCCCUGGGCAAUCUAAUAAACAAGGAUUAAAUCCUCUGCAUCAAGCUGCUAUGAAUGAAUGAAACAAAUAAAACACUGCUGAGUACACAGUUAAUAACGAAAAUUCUGUUAGAAAUUGUUCAUGCUACAUCAAAUCAGAAAGAAUCUAACAAUCCCUGGUAUUUUGACACUGAUCACCUGGUCUCAGGUUUAGAGUAUGACCAUCCUACUCCCUAUAAUACUCAGCAUAAAACUGCUUCAUAACUUCCAGCACAAAGGAGAUGCUGUUUUGUGUUUUAUCUUCACUUAAGACAAUUAAAGAGCAAUCCAAAUUGUGAGUGGUAGAUCUGAGUUCCACCAGCCCCAAAGACUGUGAGUACUCAGACACCUCAGUCCCUUGAUCGCCCUGUGUGAGCAGU